CCGCGACGUGCGCCGCCCGCCUCGCGCUGUAACAUGGACGGCAAGUUCGGUGCCGGGCCCGGCCCCACCGGAAUGGACUACUUUAUGAUGCCGCGCGUUUCACAACCCCAGUUCGACUUCAGAAAACUCGGUGCCAGCUUCAGCGGCCGCGAGGACGAGGAGGAGCGCCGGUCCCCCGAGUUCCCGGAGCGCCGCGAGCCGCCCGCGCCCUGGCCGCUCGGCCUCGGGGUCCAGUUCGUCAAUCCCGCCACCGGCAAGAAGAGAGUACAGUGCAACGUCUGCUUGAAGACUUUCUGCGACAAGGGCGCGCUGAAGAUUCACUUCUCGGCGGUCCACCUGCGCGAGAUGCACAAGUGCACGGUGGAGGGGUGCACCAUGAUGUUCAGCUCGCGGCGGUCGCGGAACCGCCACAGCGCCAACCCCAACCCCAAGCUGCACUCGCCGCACGUGCGCCGCAAGAUCUCCGCGCACGACGGGCGGUCCUCGCAGCCGUUCCCGAUCCUGCCGGCGCUGGCGCGGCUGCCGCUGCCGCCGCCCUCGCUCAUCCCGCCGGAGCUGGCCGCCCGCCUGCCGCCGGCGCUGGCCAACCCCGCCGGCCCGCCGCACCUGCCCCCGCGGGUGCCGCUGGACGACCUACGGAACUUUAGUGAAAUAGAGAAAAUGUACCGGAAGAUGCCGUCGCCGGACGCCGGCUCUGAGCCCGGCGCGCUGGACCUCGCCAAGCCGGCCAGCUACAAGGACGAAGAUUCUAUCAAUUGCAGUGAUUACAACGACGUGGUGUCGGAUGAGGAGCACAGGCGGGAGCCGGACGAGCGAGCCGGGACCCCCGCGAUGGAGCGGCUCAGUUUUAACGACGAGCCGGAAGAUUUGACAGUGAAAAAAAAUAAACAGUCGACGGAGUCGACCUCCAGUGACAAGAACCUUUUUAGUACUACCAGCGUCGACGACAAGUCGUCGGUGCCCAAUAAGCGUAAACGGAAGAGCGGAAAUCCGAUAAGAUGCUCGCAGAACAACGAGUACAGUGGCUCGGACGAGGAGUGUAACGGUGAUUUAUUCAGUAAUUUGUCGACCCCCAGCUCCAGUCGCGUGGACGAGGAGCCCCUGUCUCUCAAGAAGCCGAAGGCGGAGUGGGAGCCCUUUCGAAACGGCAGCGAAACGCCUGUGGACUCGGAAAAGAUAGCGAAGGUAAAAGUCGAAAGUGAAUCCGACGACGAGUCGAGCGCCCCCAGCGUUGUCCGCGAGGGCCUUAGACUACGAUCGGAUCUGUACACUCCCAGCGAUAGCGGCAGCGAUCUGCACGCGAUGGAGGAGCGCCUGGCGCGGGUCGGCUCGCCCCGCAGCGAUAGGACGGACGAUCGGCCCGAUUCCAACGACCUCGAAAUUCCCAUUGACGACGAGAACCCCGACCGAUGUACCGCCUGCGGGAGAGUCUUCCAGAAUCACUUCACCUUGCGCGUGCACUUCAGAAACGAGCACCUCAAGCCCCAGCUCCCGGGCGACGGGAGCGACGCGGCGUUUCCGUCGCGACGGAGUCGGGACCGGCACAGAUCCGACCGCGACCUCCACAAGCUCAUGACCUCGGGCUCGCCGGAGGUGGAUCGGCCGAACGUGGACGUGAACCCGGAGAUGCUGAACAAGCUGUACGCGGGGAUAAAGGGGCUCGCCACGACACUGGAGAACUUUCGAUACGGGGGCGAGGACCCGACCAGAAUCCCGAGCUACGUCGCCGAGACGAUGAAGUUCUACAGUCGGAACAUCGGCGCGCUGCAGGCCGGGUUCUUCCCGCCGUUCGGGGACCGGGGGUUCUUCCCGCCGUUUCUGAUGAGCAACGGGGUGCAGCCGGGGGGGUUGUACGGGGCGGCGGCGGGGGCGCAGUCAGCGCGGGAGUCGCUGUCGCCGCUGUCGGCGUCGUCGCCGCCGGUGAUAUCGCCGGGCCGGCUGGACGCGGCCCAUGCGCGCCCGCGCGAUGACGCGAAGCUGCUUUUUCGUGAAACCUCCGAGUCCUACAAGAAGAUGACGUCGCUGUGCGAGCGGCAGGAGCAGCUGUACAAGCACCACGUGCCGGUGUCAUGACGCUCCCACCACCGCGCGGCCUGAGCGCCGCGCCCCCUGUAAAUAGCUGUUAAUAAUUUUAAUUAUGUUAUCUAUCCUUUUGUAUCUUCUUGUGAUAUUUAGGCAAUACUACUAUCGACCCCCCGAAGUUGAGUUAGUAGGUUGAGGCAGUGCAAUACGAGUAUUUACGUGCCGGUAUCGUGUAGAUGGUAAUCGAUGUUGAAAGUAAACGUUAUUAUGAUCGGCUUCAUUGUUCUGACGCAAUAAACACAUUAAGACUAA